AUAAAAAUAUAUUAUCAUUUCGCGUAGUUCAUGUGCAGUGCAAUAAUGAUCUCAUGAUGUUAAAAAUGUUUUUAUUGUUAAGUGUACUUAUAGGUUUAAGCAGUGCCCAAUUUUUACAAGACGGACAGUGCGAUGCGAAUAUCGAAUUACAAGCUGACUUUAAUCUUGAAGCUUUCACAGGGAAAUGGCACAAUAUCGAAGGUACUCCCAGUUCUCUACAGUCAGGGGACUGUUCAACUUUGGAAAUCACGUCACGUGGUGCCAUUACUUCUGAAACUAGCACGUUAGAUGUGAAGUUAAGAUCUGUGCACGAAAACUUCCUUAGGGAAAACAGUGGAGUGAUCACUGCGAUAAAUGGAACAGCGAAGCUCAACAUUAGCUUAGACUCUAGUGCUGAACCAAUCAUUUUUCAAAUAAUGAUCACAAAUUAUGAAAAUUACGCACUUGCAUUCAGCUGUGAAAACGUAGGAACUACGCAAAGGAAUGUGCACAUCUGGCAACUUGGAAGGGAUACCUCAUUCCCAACAGAGAUGAUCAUAAAUCUACUGAACGCUGCGUUAAACCGUAACUUUCAAGUGACAAGCGCGAAUUUGACAGUCGUAGAUAACUCUGACGCCGCCUGUCAUGUUCUACCUGUCAUUCCGCCUGGACAACCUAUUAUAUUAUCUGGACUGUGCGAUCCAAAUUUACGAGUUGUGCAAGAGUUUAAUCCCGAACAAUUUAAAGGGGUGUGGCAUCAAAUCUCGUCUUAUUACACACCAAAUACUCAAGGGAAGUGCAACAGGGCAGAAUAUACUGUUCGAGGAGAGGUCGUAGAUGUAGUCAACAGUGAAGUUAUCAACGCAACUUUGAGAACUAUAACUGGUACAGCAACUAUUGCCAGCUCAGAUAGAAGCGCAAAGCUGAAUGUGACUUUGGAAGUGACACCGAAUAAUUAUGUGACUCAGCCGCUAUGGAUUCUAGCAACGAAUUACAAUACCUAUGCAGUUUCCUAUACGUGCGUGGACCUAGAUGGAAAUCGGAAGCAAGUGACCAGCUGGAUCCUAAGCCGAUCUCGUAACCUAACUGAUGCAGCGAGAACCGAAGUUAACUCAGUAAUUGACUCCUACUACGAUUUAAGCAGACAGUAUUUUAUGGACGCUGAUCAAACUGACGAUGCAUGCUUCUAUCUUCCUCCGCGAACUGGGAAGGCUGUCGUGUUUCGGGGCAAAUGUGAUGAGAAUAUAAAAGUGAUGACGAACUUUACAGCAUCUCAGUACCUGGGCCUUUGGCAUAACAUCGAGUCAUACCCAUCUCCGAACCAACCAGGAUCCUGCAGAAAUGCAAGGUAUUCAUUGGCUGAUGAUGGUACCGUUGAUGUCUUCAACACUCAAGUCAUCGGAGAGGAACUUCUUACUAUUAACGGAAAAGCCACCGUAUCAAACGAUGGCAGUGCAAGAUUGAAAGUCAGUUUUCCAAUACCCGGAACUAAUCGAACAACCUUAACGGACUACUGGAUCCUUUCAACUGAUUAUAAGUCAUACGCUAUCGUCUACUCUUGUACAAAUCUUAACGAAGAAGAAAGAUCAGUGUUUGUCUGGAAACUUAGUCGAACAAAGGAGUUGCCUGCAGAAGCUGAUACGGCAUUCGACGUUGUUAGUAGAGACAUUCCCGUGAUAAAUCAGAUGUACUUUGAAAAGGAUAAUCAGAACAAGACUGCUUGUUUCUAUUAUCCUAAAGAGAGACCUGGAGUCCCUGUUGUGUUCCCAGGAACGUGUUCUGAUGAUGACAUCCCUGUUAUAAAUAAUUUCAACGCAAGUUCGUUCACGGGUGUAUGGUAUGAAAUCCAAGCUUACCCAAAAGAAUUUCAACCCGGACAAUGCAUCAAACAUGAGUAUUCCCAAUCAGAAAAUAAUCUAACACUAACAACAUCUAGCGUUGAUAAUCAAUUUCUUAGAAUUUCCAUAAGUGAUUUAGUUACAAAUGGAUCAAGUGGAAAAUUAAGUAUCAACACAGUUGGACCCAAUGGAACAACAAUAACAAUACCGUUUUGGAUUUUGAGCGUAAACUACAACGAUUAUGCCUUCGCUUACAGCUGCAUGGACGUAGAAGAAGACCGCCGAGCAAUUUACAGCUGGAAACUAAGCAGAAACCAAAGCAGACUCUCUGCAGAAGCGAAUCGGAAUAUAGACAACGUGAUGUCAAAUGUAGUGGUUCUUCAAAGUCGUUACUAUGAAAAUGUAGACCAAACAGACGACGCCUGCUUUUAUUUGCCAGAUCUGGCACCUGGUGAACCCGUUAUACUCGAAGGCCGAUGUGAUUUGGAUAUACCAGUUGUCGAAAACUUCAACGCAACUGAGUAUUUGGGUCGUUGGCGCUUAAUAGAAUCCUAUCCAGCUGAGCAACAGACUGGCACUUGCAAUGAAGCAUAUUACUCCGCUGGAAGCGGGAACACAGUAGAAGUUGUUAACUCGCAAGUAGUUGGCGAAGAACUUAACAGUGUUACCGGUACUGCUGAAGUUGAAAGUAAUGGAAAGCUAAAAGUUACUUUUCCAAAUAGUCCAGAUCCAGCAUACCUCACGAUUAUAAAUACCGACUACAAAUCAUAUUCCCUUGUCUAUAGCUGUACCAACCUACCUGAUAAUAAAAAAAGAAUAUUUAGUUGGAAACUGAGUCGUACAAGAAGCCUUACCCAAGACGCGACGAACCGCAUUAACACGAUUAUGAACAACAUUCGAGAAUUGAAUAAUAAAUAUUUUCAAAAGGUGGAUCAAUCAGAUGAUGCCUGCUUUUACCUACCGCCUCCUGGACCAUAUCCAGUUAUAUUCCGUGGUAAAUGUGAUCUGAACAUAACAACAGUCCCUAGUUUUGAAGCUGGUCGUUAUCUCAACUUAUGGCACAAUAUUGAAUCUUAUCCAUCAACUUUCCAAACUGGUACAUGUAACAACGCAUUUUACUCUGCUGGUACUACUAGCGAUGUUGACGUAUAUAAUACUCAAGUCAUCGAUAGACAACUGGAUACCAUUCGAGGAACAGCUAAUCUCGCGGUCGCCGCAGACGUUGGAAAGCUUGUUGUUAGCUUUCCUAUUGCAGGCACUAAUCAGACAACGUCCACAGAUUACUGGAUUCUAGCUACUGAUUAUACUUCAUAUGCACUUGUUUACACCUGCUAUAAUGUAGAUGAAGAACAUAGGGCAGUGUUGAGCUGGAAAUUAAGUCGUACCAAAUCGCUAACACCUGGUGCACAAACUGCUAUCAACGCUGUAAUAAACACAAUCCCAGUCCUUAAUCAAAAGUAUUAUGAGCCCAAUAACCAAAGCGCCGAAGCAUGUUUCUAUUUCCCUGAUCCUGCACCUGGGAAGGUCGUCGAGUUUCCUGGAAAAUGUGAUCAAACCAUUCCUGCGGUGCCUAAUUUUAAUCUCACAGCUUUUAGAGGUACCUGGUAUGAAGUACAGGCGUACCCUAAGGAACAACAGACGGGACAGUGCGUUAGCCAUACUUACUCUGAAGCCGGCUCAAAUGCCUUGCGGCUUAUUUCAAAACAAGUUCUAGACCAGGGUCUAAUACAAACUAAUAGCAAUGUUACAUUUACGUCUGCUCAAGACCCGAGCGGCAAAUUAACCAUCACGAUUAGAAUCAAUGGAUCAGAUGUAGAUAUUCCCUUUUGGGUUUUAAGCACAGACUACGAAGAUUACGCGUUGGCUUACUCUUGUGUAGAUAUGCCGAAUGAUAGACGAAAAGUGUUCAGUUGGCAAUUAAGCAGAUCAAAAACAAUGUCCGCCGCUGGCAAUCAAUCUAUAACUUCUGCGAUGAGUGACAUUGAUGUCUUAGACCGUCAAUACUAUGAGAAUAUCGACCAAUCCGACUCUGCCUGUUUCUACUUACCGGAUGUUCCCAUGGGAGAACCUGUUAUAUUCCCUGGGAUAUGUGAUACUAAUAUACCAGUAGUUAGAGAUUUCAACGUCACCAGGUAUGGCGGCCGCUGGCGUAUGCUUGAAACUUAUCACUCAGAUUUUCAACGUGGAGCAUGUAACGAUGCAACGUACACGUUACUCAAUGACGGUACGGUCUCAGCACUUAACAGUCAAGUCAUCAAUGAAGAACUGAACACCAUUACUGGUAUCGCCUCCUUAGCCAGCUCGGAUGGAUCUGCUAAGCUCUCUGUUAAAUUUCCUACAACUACUGAGGCUGCUGAUUACUGGGUCUUGCACACCGACUAUGAUUCAUAUGCAUUAGUAUACAGCUGCAAAAACCUGGAGAACAAUCAGAGGAGAGUGUGGAGCUGGAAGCUUAGUCGAAAUAGAGAACUUAGCACCAAUGCUAGCGACACUAUCAAUGCCGUUAUCAGAGACAUCGACGUGUUAAAUAGUAGAUAUUAUAGUAAAAUAGACCACUCUGAUAAAGCUUGCUUCUACUAUCCUGUAGCAGAUGGAAGACCUGUAAAGUUUAGAGGACAAUGUAAUGAAACAAUAUCUGGUGUCAAUUCCUUUAGACCUGGAGAUUAUCUCAACUUAUGGCACAACAUUGAAUCUUAUCCAUCGAGUUUUCAAACUGGAACAUGUAACAACGCAUUUUACUCUGCUGGUACUACUAGCGAUGUCGACGUAUAUAAUACUCAAGUCAUCAAUAGACAACUGGACACCAUUCGAGGAACAGCUAAUCUCGCAGGCGCCGCAGACGUUGGAAAGCUUAUUGUUAGCUUUCCCAUUGUAGGCACUAAUCAGACAACGUCCACGGAUUACGUGAUUCUAGCUACUGAUUAUAUUUCAUAUGCACUUGUCUACACCUGCUAUAAUGUGGAUAAAGAACAUAGGACAGUGUUGAGCUGGAAAUUAAGUCGUACCAAAUCGCUAACACCUGGUGCACAAACUGCUAUCAACGCUGUAAUAAACACAAUCCCAGUCCUUAAUCAAAAGUAUUAUGAGCCCAAUAACCAAAGCGCCGAAGCAUGUUUCUAUUUCCCUGAUCCUGCACCUGGGAAGGUCGUCGAGUUUCCUGGAAAAUGUGAUCAAACCAUUCCUGCGGUGCCUAAUUUUAAUCUCACAGCUUUUAGAGGUACCUGGUAUGAAGUACAGGCGUACCCUAAGGAACAACAGACGGGACAGUGCGUUAGCCAUACUUACUCUGAAGCCGGCUCAAAUGCCUUGCGGCUUAUUUCAAAACAAGUUCUAGACCAGGGUCUAAUACAAACUAAUAGCAAUGUUACAUUUACGUCUGCUCAAGACCCGAGCGGCAAAUUAACCAUCACGAUUAGAACCAAUGGAUCAGAUGUAGAUAUUCCCUUUUGGGUUUUAAGCACAGACUACGAAGAUUACGCGUUGGCUUACUCUUGUGUAGAUAUGCCGAAUGAUAGACGAAAAGUGUUCAGUUGGCAAUUGAGCAGAUCAAAAACAAUGUCCGCCGCUGGCAAUCAAUCUAUAACUUCUGCGAUGAGUGACAUUGAUGUCUUAGACCGUCAAUACUAUGAGAAUAUCGACCAAUCCGACUCUGCCUGUUUCUACUUACCGGAUGUUCCCAUGGGAGAACCUGUUAUAUUCCCUGGGAUAUGUGAUACUAAUAUACCAGUAGUUAGAGAUUUCAACGUCACCAGGUAUGGCGGCCGCUGGCGUAUGCUUGAAACUUAUCACUCAGAUUUUCAACGUGGAGCAUGUAACGAUGCAACGUACACGUUACUCAAUGACGGUACGGUCUCAGCACUUAACAGUCAAGUCAUCAAUGAAGAACUGAACACCAUUACUGGUAUCGCCUCCUUAGCCAGCUCGGAUGGAUCUGCUAAGCUCUCUGUUAAAUUUCCUACAACUACUGAGGCUGCUGAUUACUGGGUCUUGCACACCGACUAUGAUUCAUAUGCAUUAGUAUACAGCUGCAAAAACCUGGAGAAUAAUCAGAGGAGAGUGUGGAGCUGGAAGCUUAGUCGAAAUAGAGAACUUAGCACCAAUGCUAGCGACACUAUCAAUGCCGUUAUCAGAGACAUCGACGUGUUAAAUAGUAGAUAUUAUAGUAAAAUAGACCACUCUGAUAAAGCUUGCUUCUACUAUCCUGUAGCAGAUGGAAGACCUGUAAAGUUUAGAGGACAAUGUAAUGAAACAAUAUCUGGUGUCAAUUCCUUUAGACCUGGAGAUUAUCUCAACUUAUGGCACAACAUUGAAUCUUAUCCAUCGAGUUUUCAAACUGGAACAUGUAACAACGCAUUUUACUCUGCUGGUACUACUAGCGAUGUCGACGUAUAUAAUACUCAAGUCAUCAAUAGACAACUGGACACCAUUCGAGGAACAGCUAAUCUCGCAGGCGCCGCAGACGUUGGAAAGCUUAUUGUUAGCUUUCCCAUUGUAGGCACUAAUCAGACAACGUCCACGGAUUACGUGAUUCUAGCUACUGAUUAUAUUUCAUAUGCACUUGUCUACACCUGCUAUAAUGUGGAUAAAGAACAUAGGACAGUGUUGAGCUGGAAAUUAAGUCGUUCCAAAUCGCUAACACCUGGUGCACAAACUGCUAUCAACGCUGUAAUAAGCACAAUCCCAGUCCUUAAUCAAAAGUAUUAUGAGCCCAAUAACCAAAGCGCCGAAGCAUGUUUCUAUUUCCCUGAUCCUGCACCUGGGAAGGUCGUCGAGUUUCCUGGAAAAUGUGAUCAAACCAUUCCUGCGGUGCCUAAUUUUAAUCUCACUGCUUUUAGAGGUACCUGGUAUGAAGUAUUGGCGUACCCUAAGGAACAACAGACGGGACAGUGCGUUAGCCAUACUUACUCUGAAGCCGGCUCAAAUGCCUUGCGGCUUAUUUCAAAACAAGUUCUAGACCAGGGUCUAAUACAAACUAAUAGCAAUGUUACAUUUACGUCUGCUCAAGACCCGAGCGGCAAAUUAACCAUCACGAUUAGAACCAAUGGAUCAGAUGUAGAUAUCCCCUUUUGGGUUUUAAGCACAGACUACGAAGAUUACGCGUUGGCUUACUCUUGUGUAGAUAUCCCGAAUGAUAGACGAAGAGUGUUCAGUUGGCAAUUGAGCAGAUCUAAAACAAUGUCCGCCGCUGGCAAUCAAUCUAUAACUUCUGCAAUGAGUGACAUUGAUGUCUUAGACCGUCAAUACUAUGAGAAUAUCGACCAAUCCGACUCUGCCUGUUUCUACUUACCGGAUGUUCCCUUGGGAGAACCUGUUAUAUUCCCUGGGAUAUGUGAUACUGAUAUACCAGUAGUUAGAGAUUUCAACGUCACCAGGUAUGGCGGCCGCUGGCGUAUGCUUGAAACUUAUCACUCAGAUUUUCAACGUGGAACAUGUAACGAUGCAACGUACACGUUACUCAAUGACGGUACGGUCUCAGCACUUAACAGUCAAGUCAUCAAUGAAGAACUGAACACCAUUACUGGUAUCGCCUCCUUAGCCAGCUCGGAUGGAUCUGCUAAGCUUUCUGUUAAAUUUCCUACAACUACUGAGGCUUCUGAUUACUGGGUCUUGCACACCGACUAUGAUUCAUAUGCAUUAGUAUACAGCUGCAAAAAUCUUGAGAAUAAUCAGAGGAGAGUAUGGAGUUGGAAACUAAGUAGGACAACAGAGUUAAGUUCAACAGCUAACGACAACAUUAAUGCUGUUAUCGAGAGAACGAACGUACUAAAUAGCAAGUACUUCAAGAAAAUAGAUCAUUCAGUCGAUGGUUGCUUUUACUAUCCUGAAGAUAAUGGUCAGCCAUUAGUAUUUAGAGGACCAUGUGAGGAAAAUGUUCCAUUAGUUAACAAUUUCAAUGCUUCUAAUUAUUUAGGAUCCUGGUACGAUAUAGAAAGUUACCCAACUGCCUACCAGUUUGGUAGUUGUCCAACCGCUACUUACUCCCUUAAUAAUGCAGUGGUAGAUGUCUAUAAUACUGAAGUAAUUAACAAAAGGUUGUCAUACGUUAACGGAGUGGCUGUUCCCUACCCUGAUGGAUCUUCUAGAUUAACUGUCUCCUUCCCCAUACCUGGAACUGCGCUUAAUACAAGUACGCCAUACUGGGUACUCGCAACUGACUACUUAAACUAUGCAUUGGUAUAUUCUUGUGUUAACGAUGAAAACAAUGAAAACAGUAGAGUGUCAAGUUGGAAACUCAGCAGAACAAAAUAUCUAUCAGAAGAUGCAAAUAGGCAUAUAAACAACACUAUGAACUCAGUGAAAGUCCUCCGUAACAAUUAUUACAAACAGAGGGGUCAUUCAGACACCAACUGUUUCUAUUUCCCCGAUAACAACGGCGGUCCAGUGGAAAUGCCUGGAGAGUGCGCAGCUAACACCAUAGCUGUUGAUAACUUCGAUGUAGAAGCGUUCACUGGCCCUUGGUACGAAAUAUCAAGAUUCCCCUCAGAACUAAAAUCUGGUGAAUGUGUUUCCAACGAAUUUGUUUCUUCAAACAAUGGCUUUACAAUGAAGAAGACUUACGUGUCUGCUGAAGAGUUGGUUGAGGCAACGGGAUCAGCCACCCUCUCUAAUGAUAGAAGAGGAAUCCUCACUGUUAAUCUAACUGAUGGAAGUGGAGCUACCUAUGAGACUACCAUGUACGUCAUAGAUGUCAACUACACCGACUAUGCCCUACUUUAUGGCUGCAGAGACAUCGGAGAAGGGAGAAAACAAGUGUACAGUUGGAAACUCAGUAGGCGGCAAGCUGGAUUAUCACCUGAAGCCGUCGAUAGUAUAAAUAAAGUCGUAUCAGAUUCGCUAGAACUUUGGGAAGGGUACUAUGAAGACACAGACCAAACAGACAAAGGCUGCUUCCACUACCCCGAGUAUGAUACGUUACCUGAAGAAAUUGUUUUAAUAGGACGCUGUGAUGACAGUAUCCGAGGAGUGCCAAACUUCAACGCAAGCGCUUACUUAGGCAAUUGGAUUGAGAUAGAGAGCUACCCUCAACGAUUCCAAAAUGGCGACUGCGCAAGAGCGUACUACACCUCCACAGAUGGCGUCAUUGUCAAUGUAAUGAACACUCAAGUAGUUAAUCGCUCACUAGAUGUCGCUUAUGCAACUGCUAGAGUCGCGUCCAACGACGGCUCUGGAGUUUUAGAUGUUACCUUCACUAUGCCAGUAUCAACUACAUCGAACUACUACAUACUCGCUACGGACUACGAAAGUUACGCUCUUGUAUACAGCUGCCGAAACUUGGAAAAUGGAAAGAGACAAGUGGGCAGUUGGAAGCUUAGUAGAGGCAAAACAUUAAGUCAAGACGCAGAAACUAUUAUGGACAAUGUUAUUAGAAAUACCGAAGGUCUCAUACAACGCAAUUACAAAUCUACAAGUCAAACGGAAGAUGCUUGUUUCUACAUACCAGAAGCAGAUAGAAACACGCCUCCAGUGUUUAGGGGACAAUGUCAAGAUGUUAAAGGUGUGGAAGGAUUCGAUAUAGAAAAAUUCGUGGGCUGGUGGCAUGAAAUCGAAAACUACCCAAGUAGCCAAACUGGAUCUUGUAUCAGCUCUGAGCUUGUUGCUACAGGAAAUUCAUACCAAAUGAUUGAUACCAGUGUACGAAACAAUAGUGCCACGGUUAUAACAAGCACAGUCACAGCUUCCAGUGACGGAAGAUUGAUUAAGACGUUCAGCGAUGGCAGUUCUGUUGAAUUAUUGGUGCUUGUAACGGAUUAUGAAACAUUCUCGCUACUAUAUUCUUGUGAAAAUAUCAAUGAUGAUUACAAGCGUGUAUGGAGUGCAAAGCUUUCCAAAACCCGAGAGCUAUCAGAGGACGCGCAGAAUGUCAUUUCACAAUAUAUGGAAUCCAAUCGAGUUUUGGAAGAGAAAUUCUAUUUCUCAGUAGACCAGAGUGAUUCAGUAUGUUUCCACUACCCUGAAACUACGGGAGACCGGACCAUCAUACCUGGACAGUGUGAUGACAGUAUACCAGUCGAAACAUCUUUUGAUGCUGCACAGUAUACCGGAACCUGGUACCAAAUUGAAAGGUAUCCUCAACGCUUUGAGAGUGGCAACUGUACUGGAGCCAGGUAUAGCUACAAUACUUACACUAGCGUCAUCACAGUCGAGAAUUGGCAGGUCAUUGACGGUAAACUGGAUACAGUUGAAGGAAAUGCAACUGUCAUCUCAGCCGAUGGGAGUGCCAAACUGGUCGUCAACUUGCCUGUUCGCGGUACAGAUGACCCGAACCCUCCUAUGGUCUCAAUGGAUCUCUAUAUCCUGAAAACAGAUUAUAUUUCGUACUCGCUGGCGUAUAGCUGCGUCAACGUUGGUCCUUAUCAAAGAGCAAUUGGGGCAUGGAAGCUCAGCAGAACGCGAACGAUGACAGAAGCUGGCAAUACUGCCAUAGCUACAUACGCUGCUAACAGACAAGAAUUUAAUGAGGAUUAUUUCCUCAAAGUAGGCCAAAGCGAAACGUGUGCCCAACCCAGUUCGGGAGUAUUAGUUAAAAGCGGAAUUAUAGUUCUAAUUAUAAGUAUUACUAUUUUAAACUUCCUUUGACAUAAUUUUGUUUUUGCUUUUUAGAAUAGCUUUAAAUUAUUUUUUGUAUUAUUCUCUUUUAUAGAAAGUGACACAA